UGUCAUAACAAUAUGAACCAUGAUUUUAUGAAUAUCUUUAAGUUUGUCCCAUGAAGCGUCAACAUGAAGAAUGUCACUGAAGUCACUAAAUUCGUACUGAAGGGCUUCACAGACAAGAUUGAACUGCAGAUCUUCUUAUUCUUCCUGUUUCUAGCAAUAUACUUGUUGACUCUGAUGGGAAAUUUAGGACUGAUAGUGUUGGUCACUAGGGAUUCCUUGCUGCACAACCCCAUGUACUAUUUUCUGAGUGUAUUGUCAUGUGUGGAUGCCAGUGUUUCCUCAGUAAUUAUCCCAAAUAUGUUAGUAGAUUUCACAUCAAAAAAUAAAGUCAUUUCAUUCUUUGGAUGUGCAACCCAGAUGUUCCUUGCUGUCACAUUUGGAACCACAGAAUGCUUUCUCCUGGCUGCAAUGGCAUAUGAUUGCUAUAUAACCAUCUACAACCCUCUCCUGUAUUCAGUUAGCAUGCCACCCAGAGUCUAUGUGUCCCUCAUCAUUGCUUCCUAUGUUGGUGGCAUCUUGCAUGCUUCUGUACACACAGUGGCCACAUUUAGCCUAUCCUUCUGUGCAUCCAAUGAAAUUAGACAUGUCUUCUGUGACAUCCCUUCCCUCCUCGCUAUUUCUUGCUCUGACACUCACACAAACCAGCUUCUACUCUUCUACUUUGUGGGCUCUAUUGAGACAGUCACUAUCCUGAUUGUCCUGAUCUCCUAUGGCUUCAUUGUGUUGGCCAUCCUGAGGAUGCAUUCUGCUGAAGGAAGAAGGAAAGUCUUUUCUACAUGUGGCUCUCACUUAACUGGAGUGUCAGUUUACCAUGGAACCAUCCUCUUCAUGUACGUGAGACCAAGCUCCAGCUAUGCUUUGGACCAUGACAUGAUCGUGUCAACAUUUUACAGCAUUGUGAUUCCCAUGCUGAACCCCAUCAUUUACAGUUUGCGAAAUAAAGAUGUCAAAGCGGCGAUGAAGAGAGUGUUUGGGAAAAAUCGAUACAUUAAUAAACUAUAUUUUUCACACUAA